AUGACUGCAGCUUAUAUGGUCGGAAAAGUUCCAUCAGUCUUUGGUGGUUCAACGAUUGGAUUUAAUAAAAGAGACUGUUGGAAUCACUUACGUAAUGUUAGGCAUAAAAAUAUUGAAGUUGGUGAUGCCCAAUCUGUCAUGGAUUAUAUACAUAUGAAACAAAGUGAGAAUCCACAAUUCUUUUAUCGGGUUCAAGUUGAUGAACAUGGUAGGGAAGUAAAUUUUUUCUGGAUAGAUGCGAGGUCGCGUAUGUCAUACGAACAAUUUGGGGAAGUAGUGUUCUUUGGCACUACUUACCGGACCAAUAAGUAUGGCAUGCCAUUUGCACCAUUUACUGGGGUAAAUCAUCAGUACCAGACCAUCCAAUUUGGUUGUGCGUUAUUGCAAGAUGAGAGUGAACCUACUUUUAUAUGGUUGUUUCACAUUUGUCUUGAAGCUAUGAGAGGACAACAUCCAUCAGCGAUCAUAACUGAUCAAGACGUUGUCAUGGCUACGGCGAUAAAGCAGGUUUUCCCGAAUAGUCGUCACCAUCUUUGCCUGUGGCACAAAAAAUUUGCAGAGAAAUUAUCUCAUGUAUAUUUUAAAAAGUCAAAAUUCAAAGGCGAUAUGAAAAGUUGUAUCCAUCAUACAUACAAAAUACAAGAGUUUGAAGAGAAAUGGAACAAGAUGAUUGUAGAAUUUGGUUUAACCCAUAAUACUUGGUUAAACGAUUUAUAUAUGAUUCGAGAAUCAUGGGUACCUGUUUACCAUAGAAAUACAUUUUAUGCGGGUAUGAAUACGACGGGUCGAAGUGAGGGAGUGAAUUCCUCUUUUAAAGCUUUUGUCUCAUCAAAAACUAAUCUCAAAGAAUUUGCUGUUCGAUAUGUUCAGGCGUUGAAAGAUAUCGUUGAUAAAGAAAAUCUGGAAGAUUUUGUGUCGGAGCAUACCAACCGCCUUAUCGAAGAAAGCAAUUUGAUACUUAAUCAUGCUGCUGAAAUUUAUACCCGCAAUAUUUUUAACAAGUUCAGCGAUCAAUAA